UUCCCACUUCCAAGAUGGCCGCGGGCGGAGCCGACCAGUUCCUCCUUGGACCAAGAUGACUGAUGGCAGCCUCCCCGCCUCCACGAAUGGCGUAGUCUCCAUGGGCGUCCCGGGCGGGCGGCCGGGGGAGCACCUGCAGAAGCUGCAGCACGCGGCCCCCCGGGCGCCCAGGUCCCUCUCGCUGCCCGAGUACGGGCCCCAGCUGAAGCUCAGCGUGCUGGAGGAUCGCCGCAGCCUCAGGUCGGUGGACUCGGGCAUCCCCACCCUCGAGGUCGGCAACCCCGAGCCCGUCCCCUGCAGCGUGGCCCACGUGAAGCAGCCCGAGGCGGAGGUUGUCGCCGAGCGGGCCUGCCGGAGCGCCUGCCCGCUGCCGUCCUGCGCCGCACCUGCGCCCCCCAGCGCCGAGCGGGGCCCGGGGGUGCGGAAGUCCUCCACGUUCCCCAGGACGGGCUACGACUCGGUGAGGCUCGACAGCCCCACUUCCAGGGCCCUGAGCCGCAGCGACCAGGCUUCCGUCUGCAGCGUGUCCAGCCUUGGCACAGAGCUGUCGGCCGCGCUGUCCGUCAGCAAUGAGGACCUCGUGGACCUCGUGGUCACCAGCAACUCCAGCGCCAUCGUCACCCUGGAGAACGACGAUGACCCGCAGUUCACCGACGUCACCUUGAGCUGCGUCAGGGAAGGCAGCGGCCCCCACCCGCAGGACAGUGUGGCCCGGGCCGAGGAGGGGAGUAAGCCACGAACGCUGGGGCCCUUCAGUAGCCUCUUUUCCAGGAAUUUGCUUGCUAGAAAACAAAAUGCAAGACUUGACAAACAAAAUGACUUGGGAUGGAAGUUAUUUGGAAAAGUACCACUCCGAGAGAAUGCUCAGAGAGAUUCAAAGAAAAUGCAAAAGGAAUAUGAAGACAAGGCUGGACGAGCCAGCAAGCAGAAUGUGAGGAAGAGCCUCGACUUUGAGCCCCUCUCCACCACCGCGCUCAUCCUGGAGGACAGACCAGCGAACCUCCCGGCGAAGCCCGCGGAGGAAGCGCAGAAGCACCGGCAGCAGUAUGAGGAGAUGGUGGUCCAGGCCAAGAAGCGAGAGCUGAGGGAAGCGCAGCGGAGGAGGAAGCAGCUGGAGGAAAGAUGCAGGCUAGAGGAGAGCAUCGGCAACGCCGCCCUCACCUGGAGCAACGAGGUCCUGCCCAACUGGGAGACAAUGUGGUGCUCUAGAAAAGUUCGAGAUUUGUGGUGGCAGGGAAUCCCUCCAAGCGUGAGAGGCAAAGUCUGGAGCUUAGCCAUCGGCAACGAGCUGAACAUCACCCACGAGCUCUUCGACAUCUGUCUCGCCCGAGCCAAGGAGCGGUGGCGGUCCCUGAGCACCGGAGGCCCGGAGGCAGAGGGCGAAGAUGCCGGCUUCCCAGCAGCGGACAGAGAAGCCAGCCUGGAGCUUAUUAAACUGGACAUUUCUAGAACGUUUCCUAACCUCUGCAUUUUCCAGCAAGGCGGCCCCUAUCACGACAUGCUGCACAGCAUCCUGGGCGCUUACACGUGCUACCGGCCGGAUGUGGGUUACGUCCAGGGCAUGUCCUUCGUAGCAGCUGUGUUGACCUUGAACCUGGACGCUGCAGAUGCCUUCAUCGCUUUCUCUAAUCUUCUGAAUAAACCCUGUCAAAUGGCGUUUUUCCGAGUGGACCAUGGCCUUAUGUUGACUUAUUUUGCUGCAUUUGAGGUAUUCUUUGAAGAAAAUCUGCCGAAAUUAUUUGCUCAUUUCAAGAAAAACAACUUAACUCCAGACAUCUACCUGAUCGACUGGAUCUUCACCUUAUAUAGUAAGUCCCUGCCCCUGGACCUGGCCUGCCGCGUCUGGGACGUCUUCUGCCGCGACGGGGAGGAGUUCCUGUUCCGCACAGCCCUGGGCAUCCUGAAGCUCUUCGAGGACAUCCUGACCAAGAUGGACUUCAUCCACAUCGCCCAGUUCCUCACCAGGCUGCCCGAGGACCUGCCUGCAGAGGAAUUUUUUGCUUCCAUUGCCACAAUCCAGAUGCAGAGUCGAAACAAGAAGUGGGCUCAGGUGCUGACCGCGCUGCAGAAGGACAGCCGGGAUGUGGAGAAAGGCAGCCCGUCGCUCAGGCACUGAGUCGGCGUGGCUGGUGCCUGCCCGGUCAGCUCCCCCGCGGGCUGGCCGGCAGCGGAGACCUGGGGCUGUUUCCACGUUUGAUGCCUGACACUGGAGUUGGCCUUAAGCAAAGUGAAGCCAACACAGACUUUCAAAGAAUUAAACCGAGGCUUCGCCUUAAGCUCAGUGGAGUCGUGGCUGGUGUCGACCGUGGCCGCCGCUGCGUCUCCUGCGUGGUUUAAACGCAGGGCAGUGGCAGCGCCCAUCCCGCGAAAGCUCAUUAAAGUGUAACGCUUUUCUGUCCUCUGCCAGAAGGAACACAACCAUCUUUGUAGCCAAGGUACACGAGAAAUGUGGACGGUCUCAGGUGUCGCCGGCCCACGCCUGCCCGUUUCGGGUGCGGGGCGCCCUGACGCCCUCGAGAUACCGCAGAGCUGGAGGUCACGCUCCGACCACCCACCAAAGCUAGCGUUCCAGGACGGCCGCCGGGGGGCGCUGUCGGGCCCCUGGGAUGCAACCUGACCUUGGGGUGGACUUUUACCACGUUGCCUUGACAAAAGGGGCUUGGGUCCCAGUGGGAACCCUGCUCUCUCAGAGAUGGUCCCCCCCACCACCGCCGCCGCCGGCGGGGCCGGGGCGCAGGAGCAGGGCUGAGAGUGGAUGGACCGAGGCGGCCUCCGCGAUGAAAGCCAGAGUGAGGGCUGCGGACCUGCCCCGUGCUCCCGGGGCGGGGACCAGCUCUGGCAGAGUGCCCCUCGCCCUGGCCUCCAAGGGCAGGACCGGGCCUCAGCCCAGCGGUUCCUUCCUCGGGCACCGGCUUGGGGACAGACGGACGGGCCCGUCCGAGUCCUCGGGGUCUGCCCGCCCCUGUGAGCAGCCUCUCUUCUGGCAGUUCCUUGACUGAUUUGAAAGCUUUGCAUUGAGAGCUCUGGCAUCCAGAUUCGAAGACGGGAGGAGUGUGUGCACGGAUUGUCUGGAGGGGCAGGCCCGGCUCUGGGAACCAGGUCCCCACGAGGGCGUGGUAGCGCGCAGGGGCCAGGCGCGUCCAAGGCCUGGCCCUGCCUCUCAGCCUUCUGAGCCGCACCCCGCAGGGGGCCACGUGGACCCGGUUUCUGAUCUUGGGAGCACCCUGGGUCUGGGGCUAGUGCACAAGGAGAUGUGGGGCAGGAGAACCCCGACAGGGCUGCUGCUUAGGCCUGUCUGCCGUGUCCGCUGUGGACUGCAGGUCGGCGGCAGGUCGCCAGCAGCGGCUGUCCUCAGGCCCUGCGCCGGCUCUGCUCCAGGGACCUCUCCCCUUGACCUGCUGCUCCCGGAUCACCGGAGCCGGCCUGCCCCCGCCCUGCCUUGGCCUUCACGCUGACCACCUGGCGUCCUGGUCCCAGCCGCCUCCCCACCGCUCCCCGCCCCCCCCCC